CAUAAAAUGCAUUAUUAAACUAGCACGGCAAAUGACUUUAAAAUCUUUCAAACAAGUUUCCCAAAUGAUUUGUGGACACACAUAGAAUCAUAGAUACAAUUUACAAAUGCCGAAUUUAACAUUAUAAGUAAUUGGUUUGGAUAGAUUCCCGAUAAGAUGUUCAAGUCCGCUUAUUACUAUUAUUUGGUGUGUGAGGUCACAUUAACCAUAGCCUUAAAAAGUCAGAUUAGUAUGGCAUUCGCCUCUUUUUUUCUUUUUUUUUCUUGAUAUUUUUUACAUUAAGGGGAAUGAGUUGGCUUUAGCUUCACAAUGUGCUAGCAAUAAUGUGGUUCAAAUUCGCAUUUGGCGAGAAUCGAAUCUAUAAAACCUCUUACUUAGAAAAAAUAAGAAUACCACUAGACCGUAAUACUAAGUGGCUCCUCUAUUAGUCACUAGCAAACAAAACAAUUGGCGAAGUUAGUAGAGUAUCAAUUGAGGAAAUAAAAAAAAUAAAAAAUAAAAAAAGUCAUAGACUCAUAGCACAAUAGAUAUAUAAAAAACGGUUAUUGUUGAUUUGGCCUCAUUAGCCCUUAUUGCAAGGUAUUUUGUCUACAAAUAUAGUGUAGUUGUAGGUAAAUGUAUCAGCAAUGUUCAUCCCCAAGUAGUUGAAGCUGCAACAACAAUAAACAUAGACGGUCAAUCAAAAAGAUGUUAAUUUGUUAUCGUGUCGUGCAUGCUUUUGCAACGUGUAAGAGAGACGUUUCAAAAAUAAAUAGGUUACCAUCCACCAACCUGUUUGAGAAAGAGCCCAAUUGCUGUCGUCACCACUGACUUGCCAAGCAAAGUAUCUCGUUCCAACAGAAUCGAAGUAGCUAGCGUUUAUUUCUAUGGUAUCCAAAAAUAUUUCCCACCGGAUCCUCUUCAUCUUCCUUAUUUCUUGUAAUUUUUCAUUUUCUUCUGCACAAACUUGGAUUCAAGCUGGUUACUGGCACACGGGCAGCCACGUUCCUUUACCGGAGGUAAACUCUGCCUUGUUCACACAUCUUAGUUGUGCUUUUGCCAACGUGAAUUCCCCCACCUACCAGCUCUCCAUCCCUUCUGCUCAUGAACAAAACUUCUCAAGCUUCACCGAUAUUGUCAAGCGCAAAAACCCAUCAAUCACAACGCUCCUAUCCAUAUGGGACGGAGAAACAGCAGCAAGUCAGCUAAUUUUGGGUCAGAGAGCAAACUUUUCAGUCUAGUCUAAAAUGCUCGAAAUUCCUUCGAAUAGAAAGUCUUUCAUUGAGUCCUCCAUCGAAGUGGCAAGACGUUAUGGCUUUCAAGGUAUAGACUUACUCUGGCCUUGGCUUAACACAGCCUCAGGUACGAUCACUAUGGAAAAGCUACUGGAUGAGUGGCGAGCUGCUGUGACUUCUGAGGCAAGAAACUCUGGUCUGCCACGAUUAAAAUUGACAAUGGCGGUUAGGUAUAUUCCCACUUUUGAAUCGUUCAUUUAUCCGGUUGAAUCUAUGAAAAGGAAUUUGGAUUGGGCGCAUGUUGUUGCGUAUGACUACCAUCUGCCUUUAAAGGAGAAUUUUAUUGGUGCUCAUGCUGCCUUUAAAGGACAAUGCUGGAAGUUUAUUCCAUGCUCAAAUCUGACACUCAAGCCGUUCCAACUUCUACAAAGGCGGCUUGCUCAGUAAAAAAUUACGAUAAUGUGGACAACAUAUGUACGCCGCAGCCAGUAAGUUGUUCGCUUAAUAAUGCUCAGAUCUCCGAACUGCAACCCCGAUGAAAAUGCAGGCUUGACUGAAAAUGCAGGCGCGGUUGAGAAGCUAAUCUUGUUCCUUCUUACAUUUGUAUUGGAAGUAGUCCAGUGGUUAUUAGGGUUUCCUGAAUACUAGGGUAGGUUUACGGUAAUACUAGACAAUAGGGGGAUUGGUCAACUAUUCUUCUUUGUUCUUUCUGGGUAUUGAUUGUCCCUAGGUGGUUAAGAGUCCGGUUUAUCUUUGGGCUGUCAAUCUUCUUAAUCUUAGUUGUCAAGUCCCUUAAUUCAAGGAGUUGUUAUUUGUCUUCCCUAAGCCACAUGUUGUGGCGUAAUUCAAGGAGUCAAUCUCCUUAUAUAUUGUUGUACAAUUGUAAAGAACUCAUGAUGGAAAUACAAUACAACCUUUGAAAA